CGCUGUCACUUUUUCUAUAACGAAGACCUUUGGUCUGAUUUUCAGAAUAGGAAGGAUAUUUGCAUAGAUAAAGGAAAUCAAGUGUGUUCAUUCAUUUAUCUACUUUUGAGACUCCACCUCAAUGAUCGCUGAAAUUCGAAAUCGUUCCAGUAUAAGUUUAUUACCUUUAGGUCGGCGAACAUAAUUCACCGUAGACCUAUUUUCCAAAGUGAUAAGUCAUUCGAAAUCAAAAUUUUUGGAAUCAGUAGCGAGCAAAAAUGCUUAGGAACAAAGAUAAAUUUUUAGAGCUUUGUAAAGGUCUGAAAUUGCCACUGAAUGGCGAUAUUUGCAGCAGCACUGAAGUUCUUGUAAAGCAUAUUUAUGAAAAAUACUUUGAAAAUCGUAUAUUAGAGCCCGAUCAGCCACCAUGGUUAGAUCCGACCAACAAUUUGUGCAAGUCACUUUACACAUCCUCUAAUCAGACUCGUUACAUCAAACCCACGAAGGACGAUGUAUGGAUUUUUGGUUAUGGUUCACUCAUAUGGAAACCCGACUUUCCUUUUAUCGACCGUAAACGUGGUUUUAUACGCGGUUACCGGAGACUUUUCUAUCAGAACAGCAUUGAUCAUCGUGGCACCAAAUCGAGACCGGGCCGUGUUGUAACACUGUUACCAGCUGUGAGUUUAGAGAGUCGCGUCUAUGGCAUAGCUUAUCGUAUUUCGGAAGAGCAUCGCGAUGAAGUUUUAGCACAUUUAGACCAUCGCGAAAAGAACGGUUAUGAACGCUGUGUUUUGCAAUUUUAUGAGUAUCCCGAACAGCCGGACAAUCACUUUGAUAUUACAAUGUAUAUAGCAACACCAGAUAAUACAUCGUAUGCGGGGAAUGUAUGGAAAAUACCGGAAAUAGCGCAACAAAUAUUCGCAGCUGCGGGGCCAAGUGGACCGAAUCGAGAAUACCUUUUCAAUUUGGCGAGCGCAAUGCGUGAAUUGUUUCCCGGAGAAGAGGAUCGUCAUUUGUAUGAAUUAGAAGCUGUAGUGAAGCAGCUCAUUGCCGACUAUGAACCAAAGUUGUUGGAGAAGGCCUUAAACAAGGAAAUCGCCGAAAUAAUUGAAACUGGCAAUAGAGAUGGUGAUGCGCAAGAGACUGUGAGAGAUGUGCAACAUUUGUACGAAGUAUGUAGCCAACCGGGUUGGCGUGAAGAUUUAUUGACCAAAGAAUUGGAAAGCCCUCAGGAAUUGUUACAAGCUCUGCAUUCCAAACCAAGUAUUGGUGGCCAAAUUGAAAUCGCCUCGAGCAAAUGUCAAUAGGAAGUAUUAGCAUCUAAAUUGUGUAUUGUGUAAUUGUGGUGUAGUCAUGUAAUGCAUGUAUUAUAUUUAAAUAUAAAGAUUAAUAAAACUUAGUUUUAUAAAUACAUACAUUAA